AUGACUGGACUAAAUAAAUAUUACUCCUAUGUACACGAAAAGUUGUUUGACAAAUUGCAUUUUGUGGCCUGUGUUGUCAAGGAGAGUAAAGCAAAUGGGUUGGAGGAUCAGCUUCUCACUGUUAAGGAACUAAAACACACUGCCCAGGCCAGCGUUCAUAAUAAAGCAGUUUCACAUCUUGAAUGUGGUCCACUUUUUGGUAUUGGGGCUGUGAUUUUACUGAAACAAGUGUUCGUAUUCAAUCCUAAGGCAGAUAAGUUGUACUUAAACAUCACUCUAAGGAAUAUUGUUAAGGUGUUCAACCAUGACAUCAGUGAUCCAACAAUGGAAGAGGUAGAAAGUACACACAUGGUUGAUGUAGAAAAGGAACCAGCCCAACAACCUGUUCAGCCACAGAUGAACCACACUGAACCACUUAUUGUAAACCAUGAUGUUCAACCAAUUGUUCAGAAAAAUGUGGAAAUGAAUGUGGAUCCAAAUAUGGAGCAUCUGGACCAAAUCCUUGUGCAGACGGUAAAGGAUAGUAGUGAAGAUGAGGAAAUGACCUACAUCAGCAUUGAUGACAGAAUUAAAAGCCUAGUUGAUUCUUUCAAGAAAUUCAAGAAUACUAAAGUAGGGCAAUCAUCAAAGUCACAACCAUAG